AUGCAAUGGUUGAGCGUGUUACUCGUGAUCAGCUAUCGAGCCAGCGCGCAUAUUAGUCUAACAAAUCCACCAGCUAGAUUUCCACCUCUUGAUUUCCUUGAUUCCGCGCGAACCAAGGGCCCCUGUGGCGUACCAAAACCAACAAGAGCUGAGUACACCGAGUACACGGUUGGAGCGCCAGUGAACAUCUCGUGGAGAAUGCAGUACCCACAUCAGGGAGGCUACCGCAUUCGACUUUUGGAUAAACAUGGAAAAGAUUUUGAUUAUCUCACCAAUAAUGGGACUUUCUUUGUCGGAAUUGAAGAUCAGACGACGGAUAGUGUGGAGAUCAAAUUCACAAAACCCUGUGAGCAGUGUACGCUUUUGUUGGAGAGGCAGGCUCUUGAAUGGGGUCUCUCGUACACAUUCCGUUCGUGUGCCGAUGUCACGAUUGGACUCACCCCACCAAAAGAUGAGAUGGCAUGCUCAGAGCGUGGCACACUCGUCAAUGGACAAUGCGAUUGCACAAGAGGCUGGGAAGGGGAGAAAUGUCAAUUUAAAGCCGAAUGCAAGAAAGAUUCGGACUGUGGAUCGGCUGGUUUAUGCAUUGCGCAGAACGGGCAACUCAUCCGAAAGAUUUGCGCUUGUCCGUACGGCUUCUUUGGGCAUCGAUGCCAGAGAAGAUUCCCGGCUGACUCGGAUGAGUGCUUUGCCUACGACACUUUGGAUAACGAUCGCUUCUCACAGUACGGAAUGUUCAAUCCUGAAUGCUUCAAUGCGAAAGAAUUACCCGAAAAUGACACAAUCUAUUUCCGAAAAGUCGAUAAAGACGUUGAAAUCAUCCUCGAUUUUGCUACGACUUCUUGGGUGUCACUUGGCUGGCGACCGCUUGAGCUCUCCUCAACUUGUCGCCUCUUUCCGGAUCUUGAGGGAGCUAGCGAUAGAAGAAAAAGACAAGCAAGAAAUGUAUCGGAGGAGAUUUUCGAGUCCGAUCUUUUCGAUGCACCCGAGUUCGCCGAUCAAGAAGGCCCUGCACCCAAGCUACCUCAAAACAAUGGACUUUUACGUACCGCCCUCGAAGCUCCACUUCAUGCAAUGGAUUGCACAGAUGUGGUGACGGCGGCUGUGAUUGACGGACGAAUGCAUAUUAGGGAUAUGUACUCGAGAGAUCGGAGUACACCCUUGGACGAUUUUUGGUACGAUGGAGAAGAUUCGUUGGUUGGUGCGGCUGGAAUUGAAAUCGACGGUCGAACGAUUGUGAUGUUCCGAAGAUGGAGUCAAGAAAUCGAGCCAACCGAUCACCCACUGGGACCCGGACCUUUACAUGUGAUCUGGGCAAAAGGGCAGACACAGGGUGCUUACAGUCACGCGGCUCCAUCCGCGUUGACUGGCUCUCGUCACAGUAACACCAUGUUCUAUUUGGAUGAUUUCUUGAAGUAUCAUGGAAAUGUGAAUCGAGGCACAACUGUACUUGACUUCCACGUGCAGGUGCCCGGAAGACCCGUUGAGCAAUCUGCCGAGAAAGAAGACGAAGAGAAACCACUUCUCCCGCAAAUCACUGAAAUCCUCCGGAAAGCUGAAGCUGACUCAACUCCAACACCAAAAACAAAUCUUACUGUCUUCAAUGAAGACAGAGAAUUCGUGGGAAAUGACUUGAAGUUGAGGGAAGAACCUCGAAAUUGGACAACGGAAAAACCGACUACUACAACGAUGAGGCUGCGGACAACUGAACGAGUGACAACAACAAAAGAAAUUGUGAUAGUGACGAAGAAAAUGAAAACGACAGAAAAGCCUGGCGAGAUCUUCGAAAGACCACAAACCACUCAGCCGAAUAUCCGAAAAAGUGAUCCAGAGAAUUCGGGUGAACAAAUUUUCAAACUAUUCAAUGUCUUUAUUCUUUUACUUAGUUGUUUCGCAUUCUUA